UGCUCUCUCAACGCGCCCCCCCCCCCUACCCUAUCCGGUCAUGGCCUCCUUGGAUGUACGUAGUGAUGGAGCCGAGGCCUGUGUGGUUUCUGAGGAGGAUCUCGAGGAGUGGAGGAACGGCAGGAGGACGCGGUCCAAGAUCAUUCCAGUAUGGGAGAACAAGUCAUGUGGCUCGUCCCGCAGUUUAGUUCGAAAAAUUGGAUCACAACUGCCUCUGAAGCCAUGUCCAAGAGCAUGUUUUGAGGCCCUUCCGAGUGCUUCUGACCUGUUUUUCAGUGAUGCACCUCUUGUACCCACAUUAGCAGACAUUAAGUGGAUUGCAGCAGAUGACGAUGAAACCUAUGCAAGAGUCAGGAGUGACUCUAGGCCCCUGAAGCACAAAUGGAGACCAAGCCCACUUUUAGUAAUGCACAGAAAUUCAUCCGUCCCCAAUCUGAAACUGAAAGAGGAGAAAAUGUUUUCUCUGAAGAAACCAGGCACGUCUUUAAACCGGUCUACAGAUUUGCAAGACGAGCUGAGUCUCCUAAGAAGUCAGAUUGCUAGACUAGUUUCUGGAAAUGCAGCAACUUCAGGCUCAACAGAAUCUUUACCUGGCAACUUGGAAACAAGUACCCCUUUUGCUGACUUUGCACCCACUUAUCAGUCAACCACAUCAUUCGUAAUUAGUGACAUUACCGAAGAGGAUGAGCUGGAUGUGUCAGAAUAUUCCACUUCUUCAAUAAUGGAAUCUUCCUUUACUCACCAGCGGCAAAUAGAGGCCAACAUGUCUGAUGAUGAAGACUCGGUUUGUCUCUCAAAGUCCAACAGUUUUGCGGAUAUGAUGGGAAUCCUUAAGGAUAUUCAUAAAAUGAAAACAAGCAGAGAUUGGUCUAAUAGAAAUCAGUGUCUUCACAAAGAAGAAGAUCCUAUCAAUCUUAUUUCCGAGGUCCUUAGGCAAAAAUUUGCACUUUGUGACGACGAUGACAGAAAGAACAUUUAACAAAGUUCAUAAAAUGUAUUUUUUUUCCAUGUAGUAAAAUUCUGCAAAGGUCAAUUAUUUUGUUCUAAACUGAGGCAAGAGUUCAAGCUAUAAUUGUGUUUUAUUACAUUUACAUGAGCUUCGUAUAGGUGGAAAAUAAACCACUUGAACAGUUUUGUCAAUUAACAGAUGGCUGCUACACCGUGAUAGAGACCUGCAUAAUAGACUCUUAUAUAGGACACCACACAGCCAUAUGCUAAAUAGCGAAUUGUUAGAACUACAGAUUUCUGAACAGCUAAAGAUAAGAGUGUGACUGAUGCCCUGUGUUAUGAAUGCAAAUCUUAAUUAUGCCAUUUCCACCGGUUUUAAAUGCUCUAUUUUAGAUCUAAGGAUGAAUAAUUUCCAUUUGCUACAGUUAUGGUUGUGAAAUGUUUUAAGUACUCUUGUCUUGAAAUUUUACAGCA